AUGAAAGAUUGUAGACCAGGAGAUACCCCUGUGGCUAAAGGUGAUAAAUUCAGUUUGAAUCAAUGUCCCAAAAACGAGCUUGCAAAAAAGGAAAUGGAAUUACUUCCCUAUGCAUCGGCUGUGGGAAGUCUUAUGUAUGCACAAGUAUGCACGCGUCCGGAUAUUGCGUUCAUAGUAGGCAUGCUAGGUAGAUACUUGAGUAAUCCCGGUAUGGAUCAUUGGAAAGCAGUCAAACGUGUUUUGCGGUAUCUGCAAAGAACAAAGGAUUAUAUGCUCACUUAUAGGAAAUCGGAUCAGCUUGAGAUCAUUGGGUAUUCUGAUUCGGAUUUCGCGGGAUGCCAAGACAGUCGUAGAUCCACGUCAGGUUAUGUCUUUAUGCUCGCCGGAGGGGCUAUAUCUUGGAAAAGUGUUAAACAAACAUUGAUAGCCACCUCUACAAUGGAAGCAGAAUUCAUAGCUUGUUUUGAGGCAUCACAACAUGGAGUAUGGCUGCGAAACUUUAUUCAAGGACUGCAAAUUGUGGAUAGUAUUGAAAGACCACUCAAGUUAUAUUGUGACAAUAAGUCCGCAGUCAUGUACUCCAACAACAACAGGAGCUCGUCGAAGUCUAAACACAUUGACAUCAAGUUCCUUGCUGUUAAGGAUAGAAUUCAGAGUAGACAAUUGCAAAUUGAACACUUAGGUUCGACUUCCAUGCUUGUGGAUCCUUUUACUAAAGGUUUACCGCCUUCGGUCUUUCAUGAGCAUGUAUUUCACAUGGGUAUUCGACCUUGUAAUACUUUGGUUUAG